GAGGCGUCUUGUUGGAAAGCAAAUACACGUCUUUUGGUUUUCUGUCCUAUGAUGCUUAAAUUCACUUUUUACUAUAUUUGUUAUUCUUACUCGGACAUAUAACAUUUUUCUUCGCUCGGACGGGAAUAUUCGGUGUUUUUUGUGGGACCAUUCAAAUUGUGCUCAGCCGGUGCACGGACUGAAGGAUUUGAAAGCAGGACUACACGCGCGUUACGGUUCCGAGUCUGAAUGUAUCGCACGUUGUGUUCAACUUCGGAAAAGUUUAACAUUUUCACCAGAAGGAUUGGUUUAUACCUUUAUUGUAAGGUGUGCUGAAUUGUUCCGGUGUUUAUUUUCCGCGACUCAAAGAAAAACACUGCUAAUGACGUUAUAACGUUUGAUUUCUAUUCCAAUGCGUGCUGCAAGAAUAUGCGGACAUUAAGCUGAGUAAAAUAACACACCGUAUUUAUACAGUAGCUGUAUAUACCUAUCCCGUGCAGUGCGUAGCCAAAAUAUACAACCAUCUCGGUACAAUGACCUGGAGCUGAGACUGGAAAUUGAGGAUUUCCUCUGAACUAACAGAAGAGCGGUUCGGAUUGUCGGAACAUGAAGUCAGUUACUGGUCUGUUUGUUUUAAGUGUGUUGGGUUCGGCCAUCGUGUCCUGGAGCGCAACUAUCAACAGCCAUGAAGUAGACAUGUCUAAGUUGGUUUCUCGAGAUUUUGGGGGCAUAUAUAACCUCAGCACCUUCCUACUGAAUGCUUCUUCCGGGAUGCUGUACCUCGGUGCACGGGAUGCUGUCAUUGCCGUGGAUACUGCUGAUUUUUCAAAGAGGAAGAUGAUUGAGUGGAGUGUUGCAGAAGAAAAGAGGAACUCUUGUGUUGCCAAGGGAAAAACUAAGGACGAUUGCAAGAACUACGUCCGUCUGCUUGAGUUUUCGGAAGAUGGACGGAUAUAUGCCUGUGGAACCUUCGCCUUCGACCCCCAGUGUGUCUUUAUUGACAUCUCUACAUUUUCACUGGAGAAGCUUGAGGAUGGCAGUGUGAAGAUGGAGACGGGGAAGGGAAAGUGUCCCUUUCAACCCACUCAGCGCUAUACUGCUGUUAUGGCAGGAGGGAUUCUUUAUACUGCCGCCACUAGUAACUUCCUUGGCACAAUGUAUGAUAUUUCCAGGGCAACGGGCGUCGAGCAGGAACGCAUCCGGGUUGAACAAUCCAUCAACUGGCUUAGUGAUCCAGAGUUUGUCAGUUCUGCCUUUAUCCAAGAGAAUGCGCCAAACAACCCCACCGGUGAGGAUGAUAAAAUUUACUUCUUCUUCACUGAAGUGGCUAAAGAGUACGACCUUUACACUAAAGUCAAAGUUCCCAGAGUGGCAAGAGUCUGCAAGUCUGAUGUAGGUGGUAUGAAAACUUUGCAGAAAAGGUGGACAACGUUUCUGAAGGCCCAGCUGGUGUGCGAAGAUCGAGCAAGUGGACAGCGAUUUAACGUUUUGACAGAUGUCUUUACUCUACAGCACCAACCUGGAGACCCCAGAAGCACACACUUUUAUGGGAUAUUUACCUCACAAUGGGAACGGGAGGAGCUUUCUGCAGUGUGUGUGUACAGUUUGGAGGAGAUCACAAAGGUGAUGAAUGGUCCCUAUAAAGAGCUAAAGAAGAGCUGUGAGAACUGGAUUAACCCAGAGCCCAUACCAACACCACGACCAGGACAAUGUUUGAACAGUGCUCUGAAGCAGCAGGGCUAUGAGUCCAGCCUGAAGCUGCCGGAUAAAGUGCUGACGUUUGUGAGGGAUCACCCGCUCAUGGAGAACAGUGUGGUGGCAGCACCGCUGAUGAUCAGGAAUGGCAUCACAUACACUAAACUUGCUGUUAAUUUGACAACAGCACCCAAUGGUUUUAAGCAGCAAACGGCCACCGUUUUGUAUCUUGGAACAGAUCGUGGAGAGCUACACAAAGUUGCUGUAGUUGGCCCGAAUGCAACUCUUAUUGAAGAACUCAGCUUGUUUUCUGCACAAGAGCCAGUGAAUAACAUAAUGUUAUACGAGAAUGAGGCUUUGGUUGGUUCUCCUCUCACUUUGGUGAAGUUACCAGUAGUGGGUUGUUCGCCAUACACUUCCUGCGAAGCAUGUGCACGAGCCCAAGUCCUCGGCUGUGUGUGGAGGCAUAAAGCUUGUGCUAUGGCAGGACCCGGUGAAGUCGUAGAUUUGGUCAGCCAGUGCAACAAUGGUGAAGGUCAUUGCUCCCCACCAGUAAUAGAAAUGCGUGUUGUAGAGGGUCUGCGUAUUCUGCUUUCUUGCGUGCAAGUGUCUCCACGUCCAUGCCGCUGGGAAUCUCCUCCUUUAAGUCAAACCCGCAGCCACAACUAUGACCUGGAGGUGCAGGUCACGCCGGAUAGCCUGGGCAACUACUUUUGCUUAUGCGAAGAAGUAGGAAGAGAUCAGCCACCCUGUCGCAAAGCCGCGUACCACCUCACUCUCGACAACCCUAGAGUUGGGGAGACUGUGGCCAUUGCUGGGGGCCGUCACUUCCUGGCCUUACCCUUCAUUUUAUUCAUCUUCGGUGUUAUUUGUGGCGUUGUAUUGAUUUUAGUCUUUUACAAGCGGAAGGGUGGCAAGAGGGGUGGCGGGCACUCAUCCUCCACUUUAGAAAAAGGACGAGACUUGCUUCCUUCUACAGACACUCCCCAGUCUCCGAGCAGUGCCAGUUUGUUUUCUGAAGCCGUUCCUUUAACGGAAAAACGGAACGGUACUCUGAACGGACACAGUGUGCACGCAGUCGGACGCAACAGCCUGCAUACUUACACCAACUCGAGUGGACUAAAACUGCAGGAGUCGGCUGUUAACCUGGCCGAUGAGCUGGACGGUAGAGAAAGGGCGGGACCAGAUGGAGAGGAGGAGGAAGUUGGGAUGGACCUUAGUGAGUUGGAUGAGUUAUCCAAGCUGCCACUCCCAAGAGGAGCACCUCUGGCACAAUGUGAGGAAAGCUCUAUCUAAAGACAGACAUGCACUUUGUUUCGCAUAAGGCCGAGUAUGCAUGCUCAUAAACACAGGCAACUUUCUUUGUGUUUUCCAAGUGUGGAUAAGAGAGCAGACAAUCAGAGAAACCGACAACAUACAUUCCAAAUAAAUAUGACACACAAUCAUA